AUGCAUCCACAACUAGAAGCGCAAAGAUUCAACUCAUGCUAUGAUUUCAUUCAGGCCCUGGAUAAAUGUCACCAUCAGGAGUAUUAUAAAAGAGUCUUCGGUCUGUGUAAUAACGAGAAGGACGCUUUAACUAAGUGUUUACAUGAUGCAAGGCUUGCCACUGAGAGAGAAUUCAUUUUAAAAAGAAAAGAAGCUAGGAAGGAGCUGGAGCAAAAGUGGAAGAAGAUGGAUGAAGAAGAAUAUGGUGAAGAGGCCAUUCUGAAGAAAAUUAUCGAGAGGCAUCAUGCCAAAAUUUCUCAAGCAAAGGACCCAAAAUGA